UCCUUCAUAUACAGCCUGCAGUCUUCUGCUCUGGUGAGUUUAGGUUAAAUUUUAUUCUUAUUAUUUAUUUGUUUAUGGAGAAACCCGAGUCUCAUUUUUAGCACUGUGAAAGUAAGUGAUUAAAAACUGGAACUACAAAGUCAAGUAUUAACAAACCUAAUAUCAGUGUGUUAAUUUUCAACAAAUUUUGAGGGUUGGGACUGGAGAGAACAACAACAGCAGUAAAGUAAAAUGGCUUCUAAGUUCUCAGAGAAGGAUUUCUCCUGUUCUGUGUGCUGUGACAUCUUCAAGGAUCCUGUUGUUCUGCACUGCAGUCACAGUGUGUGUAAAGUGUGUUUGCAGCAGUUCUGGGAGACCAAAGGAUCCAGAGAAUGUCCUGUUUGUAGGACAAAGUCAUCUAUGAAUGAUCCUCCCAUGAGUCUGGUCUUAAAGAACCUGUGUGAGACUUUCUUACAGGAGAGAAGUCAGAGAUCUUCAUCAGUAUCUGAAACAGUCUGCAGUCUGCACAGUGAGAAACUCAAACUCUUCUGUCUGGAUGAUCAACAGCCGGUGUGUUUGGUGUGUCGGGAUUCAAGAAAACACACCAACCACAAAUUCUGCCCCAUUGAUGAGGCAGUAACAGACUGUAAGGAGAAGCUCAAAACUGCACUGAAGCCCCUACAGGAGAAACUGAAGAUCUUUACAGACUGUAAACUGAACUGGAGCCAGACUGCAGAACAUAUAAAGAUUCAGGCCCAACACACAGAGCAUCAGAUUAAGGAGCAGUUUGAGAAGCUUCACCAGUUUCUACGAGAUGAAGAGGCAGUCAGGAUCGCUGCACUGAGAGUGGAAGAGGAGCAGAAGAGUCAGAUGAUGAAGGAGAAGAUUGAGAAGCUGAACAGAGACAUAUCAUCUCUUUCAGACACAAUCAUAGCCAUAGAAGAGGAGAUGGGAGCUGAAGACGUCCUGUUCUUCCAAAAGUACAAGGCCACAGUGAAAAGAGCCCAGUGCACACUGCAGCAUCCAGAGGAGCUUUCAGGAGCACUGAUCCAUGUGGCAAAACAUCUGGCCAACCUGAAGUUCAGAGUCUGGGAGAAGAUGCAGGACACUGUCCAAUACACACCUGUAACUCUGGACCCCAACACUGUUCAUCCUAAUCUCAUUGUAUCUGAUGAUCUGACCAGUGUGAGAGUCAGUGAUGAGAAACAGAAACUUCCAGAUAAUCCAGAGAGAUUUGAUAAACAUUGGUGUAUCCUGGGCUCUGAGGGCUUUAACUCAGGGACACACUGCUGGGAUGUUGAUGUUGGAGACAAUACAGGCUGGUUUGUGGGUGUGAUGACAGAAUCUGCUCAGAGGAAGGAGAAAAUAUUCUCCCGAAGUGGUAUGUGGUAUGUGGGAUAUUAUAAAGGUAAAUAUGGAGCAGGUUCUACACCACAGAAAUCCACUCCCCUCUCAGUAGAACAGAAACUACAGAGGAUCAGAAUGAAACUGGACUGGGACAGAGGAAAGCUGUCAUUCUCCAACCCUCUUACUAACACACACAUACACACUUUCGCACACACAUUUACUGACAAAUUACUGCCAUUCCUACGUGCAAUUCGUAAAGAAUGUCCUCUAAUGAUCGUCCCACUUCAGUGCUCUGUAAGACUGAAUCAGAUCAGUUAG